UAUUGCGUGAGAGAUCGGUUUCUGUUCACAAUUGGUUGGAAGUGUAAUUACGAAUUUGCCAUUCUCCCCAACAUCCUCCCUUAUUCGAAUUCCGGCUGCCAUCUCCUCCUACCAUGUAAAGGAACGGCCAAAGCAUGACUGAGCCCCGAGGUAAACCCAGAAAACCCAAAUCCUACUCUGCGUCUUCUCCUCCUCCUUACUCUAAUGGCAUAACCCUAAUCCUUAGCUCAGCAAUGGCACGAAAGUCUCUCCUGAAACCAACCCUCGCUACUAUCCUCAUAAUCUUAGCUUUUUACGCUUUCUUCAAUACCUUUCUCUCCCCAAUUGACAGUAACCCUUCGAAGCUCCCCUCCACCUUCUCCUUCGAUUCUUUCAAGUCCUCUUCUCUGCUCAGCACAGACUCAUCUAAUUCCCUCGAAUCUCCUUCCAGUUCGCCGCCGGUCAAGGUGUAUCUCUACGAUCUUCCGCGGAAAUUCACGUAUGGCGUGAUCGAGAGCUACUUGAUGGCUCGUGAUUCUCUGAAAUCUCCGGUUGAUGAUGUGUCGACGUUAAAGUACCCUGGGCAUCAGCACUCUGCGGAAUGGUGGUUGUUUAAGGAUUUAUUAUGGGAAGACAGGUAUGGUUCGCCGGUAAUUAGGGUUCUCGAUCCUGAAGAGGCGGAUUUGUUCUAUGUUCCUUUCUUUUCGUCUUUGAGUUUGGUCGUGAAUCCGAUUCGACCUGGUAUGGUUGGUAAUGCGGGUGUGUAUAGUGACGAGGAGAUGCAGGAGAGUUUGAUAAAGUGGUUGGAAGGGCAGGUUUAUUGGAAGAGGAAUUCUGGAUUGGAUCAUGUUUUUAUAUGUCAGGAUCCGAAUGCGCUUUAUAAGGUGAUCGAUCGAAUCAAGAAUGGGGUUCUGCUUAUUUCGGAUUUCGGGAGGCUGAGACCGGACCAGGCUUCAUUGGUGAAGGAUGUCAUAUUGCCGUAUUCACAUCGGAUUAAUCCGUUCAAUGGUGAGAUUGGUGUGAAAGAAAGGAAGUCGUUGUUGUUCUUCAUGGGCAACCGGUACCGGAAAGAGGGGGGAAAAAUUCGUAAUGAGCUCUUCCAAGUACUUGAGGGUGAAGCUGAUGUCAUUAUAAAACAUGGAACACAAUCCAGAGAGAGUCGGCGUAUGGCGACACAAGGGAUGCACUCAUCCAAGUUCUGUUUACAUCCAGCUGGAGAUACACCCUCAGCCUGCCGACUCUUUGAUGCCAUAGUGAGUUUGUGUGUUCCAGUGAUAGUCAGUGACCAUAUUGAGUUGCCUUUUGAAGAUGUCAUAGAUUACAGAAAAGUUGCAGUAUUUGUGGAUUCUGCUUCAGCAGUGAAGCGAGGAUAUUUAAUUAAAAAGCUGAGGGCAGUGAACAAAGAGAGGAUUAUAAAGUACCAGCAGGAGCUUAAAGCUGUAAGUGGUGUUUACUUUCCUUCUGCAUUUUUUUUUUAAUUUAAAAAAAUGCAU